AUGGCUGCCACGACGUCUGCAAAUAAAUUUAGCUUUUCGCAGAAUCCCGCAAAACACCGAGGAGAGAAGAAGGCCGUCAUCCGGGAACCGAGAGAAGCAACAUGGCGACGUUUGGGGCCAGGAAUGCGCAUGUCCACUGUCCGCCUUGGUGUAAUUAUCAAAGCGGUCGCCCUUGGCUGUAGGCGAUACGACCAGAGGUUCUACGGCGACCCUGCGACGCAGGAGAGGAAGAAGAACCCGGUGAUUCCGGCAGAAGGCAAGAGAGUCCAAGGUCUCAGAGCUUCUGGAAGAUUCGGGAAAUCCAGCCUCUGCUCUCACAUAGACAUCCCCCAGCCCACCCAGCCCAUCCAGCCCACCCAGCCCACUCAGCCCAUCCAGCCCACUCAGCCCAUCCAGCCCAUCCAGCCCAUCCAGCCCACCCAGCCCAUCCAGCCCACCCAGCCCACCCAGCCCAUCCAGCCCAUCCAGCCCACCCAGCCCAUCCAGCCCAUCCAGCCCACCCAGCCCAUCCAGCCCACCCAGCCCACCCAGCCCACCCAGCCCAUCCAGCCCAUCCAGCCCACCCAGCCCAUCCAGCCCACCCAGCCCAUCCAGCCCACCCAGCCCAUCCAGCCCAUCCAGCCCAUCCAGCCCAUCCAGCCCACCCAGCCCAUCCAGCCCAUCCAGCCCAUCCAGCCACCCAGCCCAUCCAGCCACUCAGCCCAUCCAGCCCCAGCCACCAGCCCACCCAGCCCACCAGCCCACCCAGCCACCCAGCCCACCCAGCCCAUCCAGCCCAUCCAGCCCACCCAGCCCACCAGCCCACCCAGCCCACCCAGCCCAUCCAGCCCACCCAGCCCAUCCAGCCCACCCAGCCCAUCCAGCCCAUCCAGCCCAUCCAGCCCACCCAGCCCACCAGCCCAUCCAGCCACCAGCCCUCCAGCCCAUCCAGCCCACCCAGCCCAUCCAGCCCACCCAGCCCACCCAGCCCAUCCAGCCCAUCCAGCCCACCCAGCCCAACCAGCCCAACCCAGCCCAACCAGCCCAACCAGCCCACCCAGCCCAUCCAGCCCAUCCAGCCCACCCAGCCCACCCAGCCAUCCAGCCCACCCAGCCCAUCCAGCCCAUCCAGCCCAUCCAGCCCACCCAGCCCACCAGCCUCCACCCAUCCAGCCCCAGCCAUCCAGCCCAUCCAGCAGCCCACCCAGCCCACCCAGCGCCCGGCCUCGUCCCUCGACCCGCGGGCCGGGCACCGAGCGCCCCCGGGUCCCCACCAGCUCCUUCUGA